AAAACUGUCUCCCUUUCCCCCUCUUCAGGGCAAGAUCUUCAGCUGGAAGGGGGUGCCUUGGGGUCUUGGGGGAGUGCCCCCCUGCCCUCCUCCAGGGCCAGGGGACCAGCAUCUUCAGGCAGGAAAUACUCAGACCACUGUGAGGCCCGGGCCUCGAGGCCUGGAAAGAGCCGCAUCCCGGGCCGUGAUCACCGGCGCUACUACCACGACCACUGGAGGCUGGAGUACCUGAUGGACUUCAACCCCGCCCGGCAUGGCAUGGUGUGCAUGGUGUGCGGCAGCUCCCUGGCCACGCUCAAGCUCAGCACCAUCAAGCGGCACAUUCGCCAAAAGCACCCCUACUCCCUCCAUUGGAGUCCCCGGGAGAAGGAAGUCAUCAGCAACAGCUGGGAUGCCCACUUGGGGCUGGGGGCUUGUGGAGAGGCUGAGGGCCUGGGGGCCCAGGGGGCUGAGGAGGAGGAGGAAGAAGAAGAGGAAGAGGAGGAGGAUGGGGCUAGCCUCCAAGCUUGCCCACCCAAGGGCCCAGGCAAAGCCCCAGCUGGUGGGGGCAGCAGGCGCCAGCGACGAGGGGGCCCAGUGGCACCCCGGGCUCGGCGUCGGCGCCACUCGGCUUCCCGGAGGGCCGGGGGCAGCAGGGGGCUGGGGGCUCGGCGCCUGGAACGGAGGCUGAAGGAGUCCCUGCAGAACUGGUUCCGGGCAGAGUGUCUCAUGGACUAUGACCCGCGGGGGAACCGGCUGGUGUGCAUGGCCUGUGGCCGGGCACUGCCCAGCCUGCACCUGGACGACAUCCGUGCCCACGUGCUGGAGGUGCACCCCAGCUCCCUGGGGCUCAGCGGCCCCCAGCGCAGCGCCCUGCUGCAGGCCUGGGGUGGCCAACCUGAGACACUGUCUGAGCUCAGCCAGUCCCCACCAGACGAUGACCUCGUCCCCCAGGACCUGACCAGAAAGAGCCGGGACUCGGCCCCCGCUGCUGGAGCCCCCUCCUCUCAGGAUCUCAGCCCCCCAGACGUAAAGGAAGAGGCUGGCUGGGUCCCUGAGAGGCCCGGGCCGGCAGAGGAGGAGGAGCUGGAGGAGGGCGAGAGGGUGGGGGUCCCGGGCCGGUCGCCACGGGGCCGCGACCACCGCCGCCACUAUCAGGAGCGCUGGCGACUGGAGUACCUCAUGGAGCUGGACGGCGGCCGGCGCGGCCUGGUGUGCAUGGUGUGCGGGGGCGCGCUGGCCUCGCUCAAGAUGAGCACCAUCAAGCGGCACAUCCGCCAGCGCCACCCGGGCUCCACGCGCCUCAGCGGGCCUGUCAAGGCCCUCAUCGCCCAGGAGUGGAGCGAGAAGGCCGCCCACCUGCUUGCCCUGGGGCUGCCCUGCCCCGAGUCCCCCAGGGACCCUGCCGCCCCCAGCACAGCCGCAGCCUCCGAGGAGGGGGGAGGGGAAGAGGAGGAGGAGCCAGAGGAGGAGUGGUGGGGUGAUGUCCCGCUUUCCCCUGGGGAGCCGUCGGAGCGGCCCGCCGAGGAAGAGGAGGAGGACGACGAC